GUGUUGUUUGAAGUUUAUGAUUGUGAAAUCAAUAGCAUUCUGUCAUCACUUACAUAUUGUUGAAUAUUUCAUUGAAUAACUUGUUUUAUUCUUCAAAAAGCAUAAUACUUAAAAAUGGGUUGUGAUGGUGGUACUAUUCCUAGGCGAGACGAAUUGGUGCGGCUAAAAAAGAAACCAGAACAGAAAGAUAAAGAUGCGGAACGCCAAUUUCGUUGGAAACAUUGCAGUCUCACCCAGGAAAAAUUGCAGCGGCCAAUUGUAAUGUGUGGGCUUGGCAGGCUUUAUUCCAAGCAAAAUAUUAUUGAACACCUCUUGGAAAAAGACAAAAUGCCUGAAUCGUGUGCUCAUAUCAAAUCACUUAAGGAUAUUAAAGAUCUCAAUUUGACAGCAAAUCCAGCAUAUGAACAAGCAAAUGACGAUAGAAGCGCACAAUUUAUCUGCUCCUUGAUUGGUCUGGAAAUGAGCGGUCAGUUUCGUUUUGUUGCUCUGUGGACUUGUGGUUGUGUCUUCGCGGAACGAGCCCUGAAGGAAAUUAAAGACAAGAUUUGCUCAGUGUGUCAGAAAGCGUUCUCGGAACAGGACGUUGUGGUUCUGAACGGAUCGGAUGACGAUGUCGAUUUGAUGCGUACACGAUUGGAAUCUCGUGUGGCACGUAUCAAAGCGGAAAAGAAAGCUAAGGCAAAAGCAAAAGAGAAGAUGUGUGCUUCCGAAGCAAAAACCGAUACUGCUCAAGAGGCUGGACCGUCUCGACCUACAGUUCCCGGUAAGCCAUCAGGUUCGUCACUUAAGCCUAUUGUACCGAACAAAAGGGCUUUGAUAAGCGAUAAAAUUGGUGACGACCCGAUAUUCAAGAAAUCGAAAGAUGGAUAUAGUGUUGCUGAAGAUCCGAAUGCAACGGCAGUAUAUAAAUCUCUGUUCACUACUCACGACAGCGAAAAAGAUCAGAAAAGAGCGCAUUGGGUUACUUACAAUCCAUUUUAUAAUUAGGAAAUAUUAAACAGAUGCUAGAAUAAAUAUUCAAUGAAAAUUCCCAUACAGAAACAUGUAUUAAUCCACAUUUUGUUCAAUAAAAUAUUGCUUAACACUCCUA